UUGAAAUAUGGCUUCUACAAGUGCAAUUGGAAAAUCUGUUACACAUGAAUUUGAUGCUAAGAGGAAGCCUCGGAUUGUGAUUGGUGCUUGUGGAAGUGUAGCUGCUAUGAAAUUCGGACUCGUUCUUCGUGCUUUUAUGGAAUGGGCAGAAGUACAUGCAAUUGUCACAAAACCAUCUUGUCAUUUUAUUUCUGAAGCUUCAAUCCCAAAGGGUGUGAUUGUAUUUUCUGAUGAACAUGAAUGGCAAGCUUGGAAACAAUUAGGUGAUACUGCUGCUCACAUUAAGCUUGCGAAUUGGGCUGAUAUCUUGCUCAUUGCUCCCUUAUCUGCUCAUACUCUUGCCAAGAUUGGUGGAGGGUUGUGUGAUAAUCUGCUAACAAGUAUUGUGAGAUCAUGGAACUAUAAGAAGCCAAUGUUUGUAGCACCAUCAAUGAAUGAUGCAAUGUGGAGAAAUCCUUUGACAGAAAAACAUUUGAAGAGAAUUAAUGAGCUUGGAAUUACUCUCAUCCCACCACAUGAGUCAAGUGAUGGAGAAUAUACAAAUACUGGUUCAAUGGCUGAUCCUUCUAAGAUUUACUCAACUGUUAGAGUCUUUUAUGAUUACAACAUUCUGAAAAAGAAACCUGGUGUGGUUUAUUGUUGA